UGCUCCUAGAGUUUGAAGAUCUCCCGGUGCGCGAAAUGACGUCCGGCGAUGCAUUGAGUGUGCACUGACCUACUGCUUGCUCAACUAUAAAACGCGCGAUCUUCUUGCCAGUUGCAGGUUCUUCUCCACAACGCCCUCACAGAACAUGCAACUUCCGCAACCAUGGCCAAACGCAAAGCACGCACCUCAAUUGCCCCCCAACCCAUGCCUAAGAAGUCGCGCGUUGACGUCGCAUUGAACAAUGUCGAAUCCAAGCCGCCCCAAGCUUAUGCCGGCUUCCUCAACUACGACAUCCGUGUCAUGAUCUAUGAGUACAUGGAUCUGAUGCCGCUCGCGGGUGGGGAAGAAUGGAAGGGCCUUCUGCUGUCUUGCAAGGACGCAAGUGAAGAGAUGAACGAGGUGGCUGCGAAACGGCUGAAGAAGUUCCUCGCCUUGUUUCCUGAGAAAUACAAGGCCGGGCUACCAAAGCGCCUAGCCGCGAACUACACGAUGGAGAUUUCGGUUGUCCCUCUACUUCCGGAGUGGAAUGCCCUGACAGCAGUUACCAUCCUGCUACCGCCUGCGGCUCUGGGCCGGGAACGCUUCGAGCACCUACACCCCCUCCUGAGCCUCUAUCUCGACAAGCUAACGGUCCUAUCUAAAAGCGACAUAGCAACCGCCCGCAAAUCUCUGCGCUCCUACGUCUUUCCCGAAUUCGAAAAUAUAUACUCGUCGAUGACUGCCAUCACCAACCGCUCAAUGCCUUGGCUGCGCUAUGUGGCAGAUGCCCUGAUGAAGCUGUAUCUCAACAUCCUCCAUCAUUCUGAUGAGAAAUUCAGACUUUAUGUAGGACGGACUUGCCAACUACGGCCUAUCCGCGUCAAAACCGUUGUCAUUGCUUGGGAUUUCCGCGGCGAUAAGGCAAAGGAGCUCGAGGAGAGGGCUCGAGGGCGGCGCCGGCUUAUGCAGGGACGCAAGUAUGAAUAUGCCGAGAACACGAAAAAUAAGGCGCGGUCGCAUUACAAGUUGGGCCGAGAUUAUGAGUUCUCGUAUCGGUACGACCUUAUGGGUAUGGGUGGGCUGAUGGGGGAGGCGGGGAUAGUAAGCAAGUCCCGCUGGGCUCACAAUGAGCCGUAUCAUCCUCUGCAACUCUUGCAGACCGUUAAGACGAAGCCCAUUUCAAGCGAUGGAAUUGGACAGGAGUGGGUUGAGGGUUGAUUCGAGAAAGGGAUACAAGGUGGUUGCGAUGGAUAUGCGGUCUUCGGAUGCCACUGAUUGGGUGGCCAGCUUAUGAACAGGACCCCAGGGUUUAGCCCUAUGACAAGGCAUGGAAUAAGCCA